UUUUCUUCUUCUUCCUCUCGCUCUACUAGAGACGUUAUUGCUAUUUGCUCUUUGUAGAUCCGUUUAUCAAUAUCCUUGAUGAAAUGAGCAGAGUAUCUAUCAUCAUCUACAUCGCAGUAGCAAUUCUCCUUCUGAUCCUAAUUUCCCAUUCUCCAAAUAAAUCGUCUCAAGGCCGUCACCGCCGCCUCAAGCUCCGUUCCAAUUUCUCCUUCGUUGGCAGCACAGGUGACAAGCGCCGUCACGAACAUGUUCCGUUCGACCCACUUGUUUCCGACAUUGAGAUGAGAAGAGAGGAUAAAGAAUGGGAAAUUAAGCAAUUUGAACAUUCCCACCCUGAAAUCACGCACCAAUCUCCUCAAGAUGAGUCUCAACCAGAAUGGGAUGAUUUUAUAAAUGCGGAGGAUUAUCUGAAUGAUGAAGAGAGGUUCAAUGUGACCGACAGGUUGAUCUUGUUGUUCCCUAAGCUAGAUGUCGAUCCAUCCGAUGGAUAUACUACCGAACAUGAGCUGACGGAGUGGAUUUUGAAGAAUACGGAGAAGGAAGUUCUACAUCGAACUCAGAGAGAUUUGGAGCUUCAUGACAAGAAUAAGGACGGACUCAUCUCCUUUGCCGAGUAUGAUCCUCCAAGUUGGAUUCACAAUUCAGACAAUACUUCUGUUGGGAACGAAAUGGGUUGGUGGAAAGAGGGACAUUUCAAUGCCUCGGAUUCCAAUGGAGAUGGGUUCCUGAAUGUAACUGAGUUUAAUGACUUUCUUCAUCCGUCUGACACCAAUAACCCAAAGCUACUCCAAUGGUUGUCCAAGGAAGAGAUAAGGGAAAGAGAUACUGAUAAAGAUGGGAAAGCGAGUUUUGAAGAAUUUUUCCAUGGGCUAUUUGAUAUGUUGAGAAAUUAUGACGAGGAGGUUGUGGAGGAACACAAUUCUUCUGUAGAAAUUGAUGAUGGCAGAAAAUCCGCUGCUAGAAAGUUGUUUGCACAGCUUGACAAAGAUGGAGAUGGAUACUUGUCUGAUAUGGAACUGUUACCAGUCAUUAGGAAACUUCAUCCUACCGAGCGUUACUAUUCAAAACAGCAGGCAGAUUACAUAAUAUCACAGGCUGAUUCAGAUAAAGAUGGUCGUCUGUCUCUUACAGAAAUGAUCGAUAAUCCUUACGCGUUCUAUAGUGCCAUCUUCAGUGAAGAAGAUGAAGACGAUUACCAGUACCAUGAAGAAUUCCGCUAAUAAAUAUAAUUAUUUUUAUUCUUCGCAUAAAUGAUGUAUUAUUUUUUACAAGAAUAGCACUAGACUGGUAGAAUAGUAAUAUAUUGUUGUGAUAACAUUAUAUUAUUCAUUCAUGGAUAGGUCUGUAGAACAUUUUAAGGAACUUACCCAUUUCAUGCCACUAUUCUGAUUUUGGUUUUGAAUCUGCUUGAUGUUAAAAUUAAUCAAAAGCUUCAUUCAAUUUAAA